AUGCAACCGUCAACCGCCAAACCCCCUUCUACCGCCUAUGAGCUUCCCUGGGUAGAAAAAUAUCGACCCCAAACGCUCGACGACGUCGUCGGGAACGAAGAUGUCCUCGACCGUCUCCGCGUCGUCGCCGUCAACGGCAACAUGCCGAACCUGCUUCUCGCAGGCCCGCCGGGGUGCGGCAAGACCACUGCAAUCAUGGCCCUAGCCCGCCAGACCCUCGGCCCCCAGCUGCGCAACGCCGUCCUUGAGCUCAACGCCUCGGACGAUCGCGGCAUCGACACCGUCCGCACGCGCAUCAAGAUGUUCGCCCAGAAAAAGGUAACCUUGCCUCCGGGGAGACAUAAGAUCGUCCUUCUGGAUGAGGCCGACUCCAUGACCUCGGCAGCCCAGCAGGCACUCAGAAGGACCAUGGAGCUGCACUCCAAUACCACCAGGUUUGCACUCGCUUGUAACCUGUCGUCAAAGAUUAUCGAGCCGAUUCAAAGUCGGUGCGCCGUCGUCCGGUUUAGGAGGCUUUCCAAUGAGCAGGUUGCAGGUAGAGUGGCCCAUGUUCUUAAAAGGGAGAAGGCUGAGUAUGACCAGUCGGGCGUCGAUGCCGCUGUUUUUACUGCGGAUGGCGAUAUGAGGAUUGCGUUGAACAACAUUCAGAGCACCUUCAACGGCUUCGGUUUCGUCAAUGGGAAGAACUUGAAUAAGGUCUGCGACCAGCCGCAUCCCAAAGUCGUCGCCGAGUUUCUCGUCUUGUGCAUGGAAAAAGAUAUUGACGGCGCCCUCGCAAAAGUCAUGUUUCUCUCAGAUCAGGGCUACUCCACGAUCGAUAUUAUUCAGACCAUCUUCCGAGUCGCCAAGGGUAUGACGAUUGACAAUGAACUGACCAAGCUCAAUAUGCUCCGCAUUAUUGGGCUUGUUCACAUGAGGAUGGCGGAAGGGGUGGCCACUCCAUUGCAGCUCGCGGGCUUGGCGUCAAAGCUCUGUCGCGCUUGAGGGCAGGGAGCGUGUCGCUACGGCUGUGUACAUAGAUGUAAACCACGCCUUUCUAACUA